AUGGAACUAUCGAAUUUAUUAGUUAAGGAAUAUACUAGAAUCCUUAAAACUGGUGAAUUUUAUGAUAUAGAAGUAUUAGUUGGAGAAAAAGCAAACACAAAAAUUUUUCGUUUACAUUCUUUUGUAUUAAAAGUUUGUUCGCCUUAUUUUCGUGAUGCAUUUUCAAAUAAGAAAAUAAAAGUUGAAAAUAAUAUUAUUAAAUUUAAUAAACCAAAUAUUUCCGUAAAAGUAUUCGAAAUACUUAUCAAGUAUAUUUAUAGUGGUAAACUUGAACUUGCAAAUAAUGAUGUUAAGACAAACAUUGCACUUUUAAUUGCAGCUGAUGAAUUAUGUCUUAAAGAAUUGUGCUCUUAUAUUGAAGAUUUUCUUCUUAUCAACAAAGAAUCAUUAAAAUCGAACUUCGUUUUUGUUUCGCAUAUCACAAAUAGAUUUGAUCAGUUUACGAAAUUAUCCCAAUUUUGUAAAGAUGCUUUCCAGGAGGAUCCUUCAGUAGUUCUAAGAGCAGAUGAUUUCGUUACACUCAAUCAAGAACGCCUUUUUGAAUAUUUGACUAAGGACAAUGAUUCUUUAAGACAAAUUGAAGUUUGGGAUAAGCUUAUUGAAUGGGCUAUUGCAACAUCUGAUGAUGAAUUACCAUCAGAUGUCUCAAAGUGGACUGAAGAUAAUAUAAAAGCAUUUGGUACCUUAAUUCAACGAUUUAUCCCUAUUAUUGAUUUUCAAAAGAUGAGUCGUCUAGAUUUUAUGCAAAAAGUCAAUAAAUUUAGAAGAAUUUUUGAUAAUGAGCAUUUUAUUGAUAUUAUUGAAUAUUUCGUUUGCACAGAUUUUUCACAAUUGGUGGAUGAUGCACAAUUGGUGGACGAUAUAGAUUCUAAAAUAAUUGAUUUAAGAGGUGCUUCAUUUAUUGCUGAUCGGAUAAAAAUCACGAAACAACAAGGAAGGGGGAUUACUUAUCAUUUUAAUUUACUUGUACGUGGAAGUAGAGAUGGAUUUAGCAAAGAUACAUUUCAUAAUUUAUGUGAUAAUAAGGGACCUACAGUUACUAUUGCCCGUGUUAAAAGUUCUAAUGAGAUUCUUGGAGGAUUUAAUCCAUGUAAUUGGUAUUCUGUGUCUGGUUUUGGUGAUUUUAUUAGUACUAAAGAAAGUUUUAUUUUUUCUUUAUAUAAUAAUAAUUUAGAAAAUUCUAUCUUCAGUAAAGUUGUUGAUAUUGAACAUGCAAUUUAUAAUAGUUCAGGAUAUGGUCCAUGUUUUGGAAGCGGAAAAUCAGAUCUUGAUUUAUUUUCAUGUAAUAAAAAGGGUCGAUGUGUUAAAACAAGUUAUGAAAAAGCAAUUAGAAGAAGUGAGAAAUAUUUUGAAAUAAUUGAUUAUGAAGUAUUUCAGAUUAUUUAUAAUUGUAUUAGAUGA